GGCCUUGCAAAAUGACGUCACCGAGCCUAGGAGCGGAAGUGGGUGGGGUGGGAAGAGCCAAGGUUUCCUUGUUUGCAGCAGAGAAGGCGGAGUCUACCUGCUGUUUUUGCAGGUAGGAUUAUUGCCCCUCAUCCCUCGCUGACUCCAGCCCCGUUGCAGCGCCAUGGAGUUUCCAGAUUUAGGUGCCCACUGCUCAGAACCGUCUUGCAAGCGCCUUGAUUUCCUCCCCCUGAAAUGUGAUGCUUGUGAGCAGCUGUUUUGCACUGACCACGUUGCCUACGUGCAUCACAACUGCACUUCGGCUUACAAGAAGGAUGUGCAGGUCCCCGUGUGCCCACUCUGCAGCAUCCCGAUCCCUGUCAAGCGGGGAGAGAUGCCUGACAUUGUGGUGGGAGCACACAUUGACCAGGACUGCAAAUCGGACCCAGCUCAGCGCAAGCGCAAGAUCUUUACCAACAAGUGUCAGAGGCCUGGCUGCAAGCAACGAGAGAUGAUGAAGGUUCUGUGUGACCAGUGUCACGGCAACUUCUGCCUCAAGCACCGACACCCACUGGAUCAUGAUUGCGCUGGCCCUGGGCAUUCCCUCUCCAAGGCAGGGAGUGCCGCGAUUGCCAGAGCUCAAAAACCUGCCAAAGCACCUACAAGCACUACACCCAGCAACGGAGCCACGAGAGCUGCUGCAGCUCUGCCAACCUCCAGCAGAGCCAGUGAGAUGGCAAGAGCACCUCCUCCGCCACAAAGCAUAUCUCCUCCAGUGGUUGCCCUGCAGAAUGGAUUGAGUGAGGAGGAAGCGCUGCAGCGAGCCUUGGAGAUGUCCCUAGCAGAGGCAGUGCCCACCCAACCACAACCCCGCAGCGCCCAAGAAGAGGAAGACCUUGCACUGGCUCGGGCCCUGUCGGCCAGCGAGGAGGAAUACCGGCGGCAGCAGCAGCAGCAACAACAGGCUCGAAGCACAAAGCCCUCCAACUGCUGUCUGUCCUGAGCACAAUGAGACGCUAUCGGCACGUGGAUCGUGCCUGGUCACCAUGGUUCUUCUGUCCCCACCUGGAUUACCUCCUUCUGCUGCUCCCUCAGGACUACUAACAAUGAACCAAAGGCUGAACUCCCUGCCUGGUCCUCAUAGUCCUCUCUCUCUCUCUCUCUCUCUCUCUCUCUCUCUCUCUCUCAUUGAUACACAGCUGUUGUCACCUUGCACUGUGACCAUCAGACACCUUCUGGGGUAGCUGGCAGUAUUUCUCCCACUGGAUGGAGCAAGUGGUAGCGCUGGGGUAGGGUUCCCAGUCUUUCCACCAGAGCCGUGGCUGGCAUAGGCCACAGCAGUGGAAAGGGGGAGUGGAGUGGCCGGCAACAUUGGCAUCAGUCGAGCUAAACCUCAAACUGUCAGCUGUGUAGGGGAAGGUCCUACAGCUGUGGGGAGUUUGAAAGAGAGGCCCCCACUGUGGCAGUCCCAAAGCUGGACAGUAGGUGGUGCUAAACGCUUUGUAGAGAGCUUUCUCCCCACCUUAUUCUUGGUGCUGCUGGGCUUCCUCUUGCUACCUAUCUGUUUAGGGGAAGCUGUGGGUGGGGAGAUGUCUUUCUAAAGCUGCUCUUGCACAGUUUCUCUGUCAAAUACUGGUGCUGCUGCUGCGUCAGAAGCAACAGCAGGGACAUUCAAAUCAUGGGAAGCACAAUGCAACACCCAAGUCCUCCAGGAAGAGGCAGGAUUCGUGAUAGUCACAGCGAGCAAAGGACAAGAUCUCUGGGACCUGUUCCAUGUAAUCCCUUUCUCUGCUGAGAAGGCGUGUCAGGAUUCUCCCCUUCUCUGUGUUUCCUAACUAAGGCUGUUUUUGCCAGCACCCUUCUCCGAACAUCUGCCAAAGAUCAGCCUUGACCGACCGAUCGUCCACCGGCUGCCCUAUAAUGCUAGGGAAGGGAGAUCUCCGCUUCCAGUAGACGGCCAGCUUCUCUUAGACUGCAUGUUGGCAAAGCUGGCUGGCCCCAAGCUGCACCCAUACCUCAGUGACCACAUGGAUGUCUUUCUUCUGUCUGAUGCAUGCUUUGAUCAGGCACUGUCUUCUACCAGAUGUAUAAAAAAAAGUUUGUUUUUUACAGCCUUGGGCUUCAGCUGUAUGCUGUGCAGCAAUUAUUAAAGUCCCUCCCUCUGCAGGGGCCACUGCAUCAUCCAGCAGUCUGUGCCUUUGCUAUUAUCACCUCCAGUGUUGUGGGAGGAAAGAUGUGAAGGCAGGGCAUUGUGGGAAAGCUGGUGGGAGCCAAUAAAGUCACAGAUAGAACCA